UUGACCGAACUCUGACAGUGACACCGAUCGGCCUUGAGCAAACAUGAUAAUGCACAUUACUCUUCUCGUAGUGUUAUUUUUUGUGUGAGCCUAUUUCCCCACCGAAUGCGCAUCUGCACCGUCAGCUUAUAGCACUUGCGUUGCAAUGAAUUCAGUAGACGCCCCUAAUCGAUCCUUGUUAUGUUGGGGCCUCCACGAAGCAUACACCACCAACGAACAUGAUAUAGAUACGACGAUAGCGGCUGUGUGAAGUUUUGCAAUGUCAGCAGGAUAGGCCUAGUCGAGUUAACAACUCGCAAUUACCAUUCCCAAUCAGCAAGCUCGUUACAUCCCGGUCUAGACCGGUAAGCAGAUAACGUCAUGUCUACAACCAGCGUGUUUGAUGUGUGCGUUGUCGGUGCCGGGCUGUGGGGCAGUGGGGCUGCCAAGUAUUGCUCAGAGCGGGAUGGGAUCUCCGUAUGUCUGGUAGGCCCCAGUGAACCAAAGACACAACAGGAUCGACUAAGUAGCCGCGUCUUCGGUGCCCACCACGACGAGGAACGCAUUUAUAGAACAUCAGAUCCAAUCUUUGAGUGGGGGGAACUUGCCCGUCGAUCGGUUGAAAAAUACAGAGACAUCGAGCUAACUACAGGUCUAAGUUUCCAUGAAGAAGUUGGUUGCAUGUUUGUGACAGUGAAAGGAAGCAACUAUCACAAUCGAACUAGCGAAUUUGCGAAGAACAAUGUGCACACUAAAGACAUCAGCCAUGCAGAAGCUUUACAUCGUAUUGAGUUGUUGAGCCUGGACAUGUUAACUUCAAAACAUGGCGAAGAAGGCGUUGUGACGUUGCUUCAGGAGACAGAAGCUGGCCACAUGAACCCGCGAAAACUUCUCGCUGCUCAGUUGCAAAUUGCCCGUAGUCGCGGAUGUGAGGUAGUAAAUGACGUAGUCAAUCACGUGAUAGACCACGAAGAUGAGGACAUCAUUGAGAUUGUUACAGACAGCAAUAGGGUUAUCAAAGCUAGGCGUGUCCUGCUCUGUACUGGUGCAUACACGGCCGUUGGGGGCUUAUUACCACGUGGUCAAGUGCUCGAUUUGAAAUUGACAAAGCAGCAGGUGGUUUUUAUAGAAGUGAGCGAGAAGGACAGAAAAAAAUUGAGUGGGAUGCCUGUCAUUAUUCUUCAUGAGGAUCGAGACUAUGGACGCGAUGGGUACAUUCUACCACCAAUCCAGUACACAAACGGUAAAUACUACUUGAAAAUUGGCCACCAUACGGUUGGCGAAGAAGAGCUGUCUUCUAAUGAAGAAUUGGUAGCCUGGUUCCGCAGCCAGGGCACGUCGGAAACAGAAAUCAGACUGAGUAGGAACAUCCGUCAGCUAUUUCCAGAGCUGGUACCACUAUCAACGCAUUCUGAGACCUGUGUGACAGUUACUACACCAACGAGGAAGCUGUACUGUGACAUGGUUACACCUCGCCUUGGUGUCCUAGUUGGGGGAAACGGAUGGGGUGCCAAGUCUUCAGAUGAAAUAGGCCGUAUGGGGGCAGGAAUGAUACUCAGUGGUUCGUGGGACCACGAUAUGCCGCAGGAUGUUUUUAAAGCGAUGUGGAAGAAGUCUUAAUUUGUGGCGAGUAAUUUUUAUGACUUUUGGACACCUUUGUAUGACUUUACGGAAAAUGAUAACGGUAGCCAUAGUUACAGUAAGGAAUACUACUUAUGGUUCGGGGAUUUUAGUAGUGGGACAAAUAUUUAGUGUGCAUUCAUAAGUCACUCAUAGAUCGGUCCAAAACAAUCGUCGUUCGAAACAUAAGUUCCAUGCAACCCCAGUGACUAGUGAAGUACUUUCCCAACUCAUUGGUCGCAUAAAAUCGAAAUGACAUUUUUGGUAAACCGUUAAAAAAAGUUCAAAUUUUAUGACUUUGCUACUAUUUAGCGGUCCACACAUUCUUUGUGGGACCAGUCUGAAUGAAAAGGUAGGCCUACUGAAGACAUUUGAUGUGACUACUACAGUUGUUCAUUUUAAUGAAUGAAUUUGUGCAGAAAUCAUAGUGGUUUGAGAAAACAAAUAAAAAAUGUUGAUUUUUACCACUGGCAUCAAUAGAGGUGCCCGCACUUUAUUAAUCUCGUAAAACCGACAUUGAAAUUUCGGUCAAAAAGUAUUUAGAUUUGUUUAAAGACAAUGGACACUAUUGGUAAAUGUCAAAGACCAGUCUUUAUAACUUGGUGUAUCUCAA